AUGGCCUGCAUCAAGAAGUUCCUCACCGCGGAGGAUCUCAAGAUGGCGCUCAAUAUUUUCUGCUGCGUCUACGGAAUUGGUACACUCGGUAUGCCCGGCAAUUUCUCGCGCGCCGGGCCCGUCCUGGCCGUCAUCGGUAUGGGUUUCAUGGCAUUUGCCAACGUGUGUGCAUCCGUGGCCAUCUGCCGCGUCAUGCUUUUGGCUCCCAAAAGUGUCAGGACCUACAGCGACCUGGGUGAAUGGUGCAUGGGCAAGUGGGGUCGCUGGCUUUCAGUCGUCUCGCAGAUGGCCUCGUGUCUUCUUGUGCCAUGCGUGCUUCUCGUGUUGGGCGGUACUCUACUGGACGGCCUCUUCCCAGACGCCUUCAGCACUAGCUACUGGAUCUGCUUCAUGGCGCUCAUGUGUCUACCCGUGUGCCUCAUUCCGACACUCAAGGAAGGUGCCGGUGCCGCCUUUGCCGGUUGCGCAGGAACGCUCAUUGCCGACGUCAUCGGCGUGGCCGUCGUCAUGUAUGGCAUGCGGGGACACCCAACGCCUCCGUCACCCGACAUCAAGUUCUCGCAGGUCGCGGGUAUCGUCAGCACAGCGAGCCUACACGCAUGCCUCGCGUGGUGUUCGCUACGAUGGCCUUUAUCUCGGUUUUGUUCCUGA